AUGGCAGCAGGAGUGGCCCAUUUGUUUGCAGCUGAAAGCGUAUACACUGCUGAGAAUUUCUACUCGGACGAUGAUAGCUGUAAUGGCGUCCCCAACGUGAUUCGAGCUACUGAGGACGUAAAUUGCACCAGGGCCACGUGCUUCACCGAUCCAAGUAACAACACUGUGCGCACUGAAUGCCACUCGGACUACAUGGAGGCCUUUAGACACAGCAUCGGCGAGGAUUACAUCGUCCAGGUCGUCGACAAGGACAGCGAUUGUGACGAAUUCAGCUACGCCAUCAGUGAUACCACGGGAGACCUUGGCACCAAUCGCAUCGCCGCGAAGAAAGGCUUGUUGGCGGCUUGUGGGCAUCGUCUCGCCAUUGAACACGUGACAUGCUGCUAUCGACAGAUGUGGAACAUCCGCAUCCAGAUGACUACCCCGGGCCAUUGCAACAUCUCGAAACUGAGCUUGUGCUCCAAUACGAUCAAGCUUCACGCACCAUCAAACGCACAGGUGCUCGCAGACGACCAAAAUGGACCCAUUUCCUAUUAG